AAAAGUAGGCAUUUUUAAAAUGGGGCCAAGAAUGAUCCUAUCAGUUCAGGGAAUAAAUAAUGAUACCAGUUAAGGGUUAAAUUCAAUAACAAUACUACUCCAUUUCUCUAUCAAAUUCUGGAUAUGCCAAUUUUUGACAUAAAAUUAAAAAAUGUAUAAUAUGGUAUACUUUUCCAUUUCGCUUGUGUUUCAAGAAUUCUGGGUAGCUUUAAGUUUUGAUGGAUUCUGCAUGAAAUAAAAGUGUUUUAAAGAAAAAAAUUAAAUACGUGGAUAUCGUUGCUAUCAAUAUGUCUAAACUUUGUAAUUCAAAUGAAGAAGAAGAUGAGAAAACAGAAAACAAAAACUUUUUAACUGGAAGAAUCAUAAAUGAAGAUGAAAACAAUAUAAAAAAUGAUAAAGAAGAGUACAGUUUGUACAUAUAUAACUUGGCUCCAGAAACUGAUGAAGAAUAUCUUUGGAGAGCUUUUUCUCCUUUCGGUGCUAUAAAAAAAAUCGUCGUGAUGAGGGAUCCUGAAACUAAUAUUUCAAGAGGUUUUGCAUUUGUCGACAUGAAAAAUUUUAAUGAUGCAAACUCAGCAAUAGAAAUUUUAAAUGGAACUGAAUUAAAUAAUAAACAACUCAAGAUUAACUUCAAAGGACAAAGAAAUGAUGAUGAGCAACCUUUUGAGGAAAUUGCAGCAUAUCAACUUUAUGUCUAUAAUAUUCCUAGCGAUACUAGCGAACUAAGGCUUUUUAAAUUAUUUGGGCAGUUUGGUGGCGUUAAAAACGUUGCAAUUAUGAAAGACCGUGUGAAAUAUUCAGGUACCAUUGCAUUUGUUACAAUGAGAAAAAAAGACGAGGCAGAAAAGGCUAUAAAAACCUUAAAUGGAUUCAAUUUAGAAAAUCAUAUUCUUCAAGUUAGAUUUAAGAAUCAAAAAGGCGAAACUCUUGACAAUGCAAAAGAAAAUCUUCCUCGUGGAGAUAUUCAGUUGUAUAUUAAUAAUUUAGAUUAUUUUAUUGAAGAGCAAACAAUUUGGAAAUUGUUUGCUCAUUUUGGUGCCGUAAAAGAUGUUAAUAUAAUGAGAGAUUUAUCAGGAAGAUGUAUAGGAUAUGGAUUUGUUACAAUGAAGGAAACUAGAGCUGCAUCAUUAGCCGUUAACACCUUAAAUGGCACAAAUUUAGCUGGUAGAAAUUUAAUUGUAAGUUUUAAAACAAAAAAAUCUAAAGGUUCAUAAGAAUGUUUUAUACAU